GCUGGCCAGACGCAGAUCAAUGAUGAUGUUUGGAAAAAUUUCGAGGCAGCUCUUCAGCUUAAAGAAAAUCCCAUGGUCAUGUGACUCCAGAUACUUCUGGGAAUGGUUGAAUACAGUGUUUAAUAAAGUAGAUUAUGAACGAAUCAAGGAUGUUGGCCCUGACAGGGCAGCAUCUGAGUGGCUACUUCGGUGUGGAGCCAAAGUACGCUACUGUGGCCAUCAGAAGUGGUUACAGGACUAUAACAAACUCCCAGGAGGCUCCGUGGACAGAUACAAGAUUCAAGCAAUUGAUGCCACCGAUUCUUGUAUCAUGGACAUUGGGUUGGAACACAUGGUGGGUCUAGAGCAUGUUGAAAAAAUAACACUAUGCAAGUGUCAUUAUAUUGAAGAUAAUAGUUUGCAGAGGCUUAGUCAACUUGAAAAUUUACGAAAAAGCCUAUUGGAAUUGGAAAUAAUUGCCUGUGGAAAUGUCACAGACAACGGCAUCAUUGCUUUGCGACAUUUUAGGAACCUCAAGUAUUUGUUCUUAUGUGAUCUUCCUGGAAUAAAAGAUAAAGAAUACCUUGCCCAAGUCCUUACGACAGCACUGCCUUCUCUGGAACUAAAAUUAAACCUGAAGUAAAAUAAGUGUCUGGUUUCACUAUUAAGGAUCACUUGAAAUUGCUGAUAUUAGAUAGCUACAAAUAUUACAUAAUCACCAAUAGAACUGUGAAAAUGAUUUAGAAGUGGAGAAUGGAUGUCAGGAAGAGAAUAAAUAAUCAAAAGUGACUCACUAAAGUUACUUAGUUGGAAGUGAGAAAUUAUGUACAUCGAAUCAUUUUUAAAAAUACAGCAUAGCAUUUUAAUUCUAAUGUAUUUCUCAGUGAUAUAUAUAUAUAUGUAGAUGUUAAUGUAGAGUUCUUUAAACUGCAAUGCAAGUAUUCUUUCUUACAAUAAUUUAUAUCACAUUGAGGCAUGUUACUGUAAAUGUACAAUUAUGAAAACUUGAAAGCUCAGUUACAGAUUCACUGAUGGAAUCCAUUGUACAGAGUUGUCAGUGGUGUUGAGAACAGUGUGCUGUAUUGCUUCCCAGGAUUUGCAUGAUUGCUCAAGCUCCUGCAUUGCUGCAUUCCUAAUAGUGAAUACUUUUAAAAAUACCCUUUCUCAGAAAGAGAGGUGCUGGCUUCUUUGUCCUACUUUAAAGCUUGGGCUACUUCCUGCUGUUUAAAACAGAAGGCAGUACUUAUCUACACCCAACUAGUUUUGCUGGUAAAACAAACAGAGGAAACAGGCUACUCUACUCCCCAUCUGCUUCAAACAGGAAUAUGUGUCUGUUAGAAGCUAAUUUUGCUAUCUCUCAAAUACUUUGAAUUCCACCUUCUAUGAACUCAAGGUAUAUAAAAAUAUAAAUACAAAAAUUAAUUUUAUGUCUAGAAAACACUAAUAAAGAAUGCCAUAAGUA